GGCCAGCGGGACGAUGGAGGUGGCGGCGCUCGGUCGGCCUUUCAGCCUCGGGAUGUUGUACGACUGCCGCAAAGACUCACUCGUCCCUGGAAUGACAUUGUGGGACCGUGAUGACCUGAGAAAUCAUAUUGGAGAAAGACCACAGAGCUAUAUUGAUUUUGACAUUGUUGCAUCUGAAUCAAUUGCAGAUAAAUCAUCAGCACUAAAUGUUGAAGCAUCCCUGAAGGCGAGUUUCUUAAGUGGACUGGUGGAGGUUGGAGGAUCGGCCAAAUACCUGAACGAUAGUAAGACUUCCAAAAAUCAGGCCAGAGUAACACUGAAGUACAAAGCUACCACAAGGUUCCAGGAACUGUCCAUGAAUCAUCUUGGAAGAGACAAUGUGAAGCAUCCAUAUGUCUUCGAUAAAGGAUUAGCAACACAUGUAGUCACAGCUAUUCUUUAUGGGGCACAAGCCUUCUUUGUCUUUGACCGUGAAGUGUCCGAAAAGGAAGAUCAUCAAGACAUUGAGGGCAACUUGAAGGUGAUGAUCAAGAAGAUUCCCAAAAUUGCAAUAGAGGGUGAAGGUUCACUGAAAAUGGAAGACAAGGACAGAGAAAAUGUUGAGAAAUUCUCCUGCAGAUUCUUUGGAGACUUUUCCCUUCAGAAGCCUCCUACAUCCUUUCAGGAUGCGGUAGAGGUCUACCAAAGUCUGCCAAAAUUGUUGGGAGCCAACGGAGAAAAUGCCGUACCAGUGAAGGUCUGGCUGUUGCCACUGACGAGUUUAGAUUCUUCUGCUGCAAAACUCGUGCGUCAGAUAAGUAUAAGAUUAGUUCAUGAAUCACAGAGUGUCCUGGAGGACUUCAGUGAGCUGGAAAUGAGGUGCAAUGAUGCACUGAGAACCACCACUGCACAGCAGUUCUCACAGAUCAGCAAGAAGAUUAAAACUUUUAAAGAAAUGUGCUCAGAGUUCAAGCUGGAAUUCCAACGAACCUUGGCAAAGAAACUUCCAUCAAUCCGAGGAGGAGGAGAAGAGGAAGCUGAGCUCGCAGAGAUCCUGAAGAAGAGACAUUCUUCUCCUUUCAACAGCAAAGACCUGAACGAGUGGAUGAACUGUAAAGAGAGAGAAAUCUACACAUUAAAGUCUUUCACCAACAUGAUGAAAAACACCAAGAUCGUUCCAUCUCAAAAUCACCUCUACAACGAAAUUCACAGUGCAGAGCAUGCAGUGUGUUUUGUUUUCACCUCACUGGGAAGUGCCGAACCCUUCCUCUCAGCGUUAUCAAACUACUUAACAGAAACACCCAAACCAGACGAACCUCGAGAUGCACAUACUGAUGAUGUAGAGAGGGAACAAUGGUACACCUCAAAAGAAGUUUUAGAUGCAAUGAGUCACAAAGCAAAGCUCUUCAGUGACUUUGCAGAGGCCAACAAGGAGAACAAGAACAUUAAGUUCUUAACAGUUGGUUCAACAAAUGAGACACAGAAAGGUUCAAGCAUCUACCUUUAUAAAGACGGCUUUUCAGUCAGUGAGAACUUUGAGCUGCCUUCAAAGCCUGAAACAGUGACAGUCACUGAAACAAACCACAACAGUGUGACACUGAAGAUUUCUCCACCAAAGUUUGGAGCAGAGAACAUCACCUCCUACUCUGUUGAGUACUGUGUCAGUGGAGACGAUGGAUGGAAACAGAAGACGGCAUCAGAAGCUGAAGAAGUCACAGUGAGUGAUCUGAGUCCUAACACAGAGUACAUGUUCAGGUGCAGAGCAGUGACCUCAGCAGGUGUUGGACCAGCCAAUGAAGUCAGUGGCUCCAUUAAAACCUUACCCUGCAGCCCUCCUGGAAAAAUGCAAUCAUACUCAAGUGAGAUAUCAGUCAGCUGGGAGAAACCUGCUGAGGUUGGACAGAAUGUCCACAUUUUGAGCUACAUCGUGGAGUACGCCAAAAAAAAACAACAGUCUGAAAGAGGAAGAUCUCCAAUGGAGCCAAAAGAUGGCAGGAGCUGA